AUGAAUCAUAGUCAUAAUUUAUUGUCUCCAAUAUCGACCCAAGCACCUCCUAAUGUUUUCACUGUAGUAUCGCAUAGUGUGACACCUCAACGAUUAGAUGAUGCGAGUAAACAAUUGCCCGUUCCAACUAAUAAAUUUUACGAAAAUUUGUUGCUUGAUAAUGGUACACAACCUGUUUGGCCUCUACCGUACGGUGUUCGUUGGGAAAAGGGACAAACUAACGGAAUUUUAGGAUUGAGCAUUUCGCAUGCUGAUGAUAGUUCAAAGGUUUUUGGACCAGAUCCCAAUGCUGAUCCUGUUAGGUAUUUCUAUAGUCCAUACAUUCCAAGUCUCUCGGUAUCUGCCGCCGAAUUUGACCAGACUCAUUCACUAACUGUAUCAAAACUCGAUGAAUUUUCGGCUCAACUACGAUUAUCUCCAUCAAAUGCUACUACCGCUUCUUAUAUCUCCAUUCCGAUCGUACGUGGAAUGGGUUUUAUCACCGCACAAUAUAAUCAACUGACACCCGUUUUUAAUUCCGCGGUUAAUUUCCGACAAAUUGAAUUAGCUGACAAUGCUGAACAAGGCUGGGUGAAAUACCGAAUUCAGUUGGAAGACGGUAAUAACUGGUUGCUUUAUGCGAAGCCUCAAAAUGCCAACGAAUCGUUAAAGCUGAAUAUGACGAAUGCGACUGUCAAAGCGGUAUCUGGCGUAUUUACGGGUUUAAUUCAAAUUGCUAAAUUGCCUCAAAAUAAUACUCCUGCUGAGACACUUUACGACCAAAGUGCGGGAACUUUUGCCACUGCUGGCAAGUUAAAAGUUAUUAACGAUGGAACCGGAAAAUACUCUAUCAAAUGGAACACCACCGAAAAACAAACAAAACCACUAUUACACUUUGCACUUCCUCAUCACAUUGACUCAUUUGCCAACACUGGGAAAGGAGUCGUACGCACAAAUAUUCAAUUGCAAUCGCCUACUACCGGAAUAAUGACUGCUUAUCUCGGAAACGAGUGGGUAUUCGAGGAAAAACAACUCAAUAACGUAGGAUUUUUGCCGGAAGGAUGGAAAUCCCAUCUUACACAAGAGAAAAUCGACGCGAUACUCGAACAAGCGACAAAUGAUACGGCUAGCGAUUUCAAAGCUCAAACUUUGGACAAAAAUUCGGUUUACUUUUCUGGCAAAGGCUUUGCGAAACUUGCUCAAGUGUGUUUGAUUGUUAACGAUGUGCUAAAAAAUAAAUCACUUGGAGCGGAAUGUUUGAAUAAACUCAAGACGGUAUUCGAAUCUUAUAUUGUGAAUAAUCUGACAUUUCCGUUACAAUACGACGCAACAUGGAAGGGAAUUGUCAGCUCGGAAGGAUUCAAAAAUGGCCCUACGGCAGAUUUUGGAAAUACUUGGUACAACGACCAUCAUUUUCAUUACGGAUAUUAUAUUCAUACUGCCGCCAUCAUUCGUCAUCUUGAUAAAAACUGGGGCAAGAAAAAUGAGGAAUGGGUUGAUUCUCUAUUACGUGACGUUGUUAAUCCCUCGUCUGACGAUAAAUUCUUUCCCACUUUUCGCACAUUCGAUUGGUUUGUCGGACACUCUUGGUCGAAAGGAAUAUUCAGCUCAGCUGAUGGUAAAGACGAAGAAUCCACGAGCGAAGAUGUCAAUUUCUAUUACGCAAUGAAACUGUGGGGCACAGUCUCUAAACGAACAAAUAUCGCGAAGUUAGCGGACGUUAUGCUUGCCGUGCAGGCUAGAUCUCUGAGAAACUAUUUCUUAAUGGAGGAUGAUAAUACGGUUCAACCCAAGAAUUUCAUAAAAAAUAAAGUGACCGGUAUUUUAUUCGAAAACAAGAUUGAUCAUACUACUUAUUUUAGUACUCGCAUGGAAUGUAUUCACGGAAUCCAAAUGAUUCCUACGACCUCAAUAACACCAUACGUGAGGAGCAAUAAAUUUGUAAACGAAGAAUGGGAAGAGGUUCUUUCGUCACUCGUCAAUAAUAUCCCCGAUGGCUGGAAAUCCAUACUUCAGAUGAAUUACGCACAAGUAAAUCCAAAUUCUGUAUACACUUAUUUCUCGCAAAAUCCUGAUGCACCAUUAGACGACGGGUUAACAAGAACUUGGGCUCUGUUUUGGUCUGCUUCUCAAAAACCGCCCCAAUAA